AUGGUCAAGUUCAAUGAUGAUGCAACAAGGGACCAUGUUCUAGAGAAUGACAUUAUUCACUUUGAUAGGAAACCUGUAAUAAUUCGACCAUGGACGACAGAUCUGAGUGUUGUUCGACUAGUUCUCUCUGUUCCUCUUUGGAUUCGUCUACAAGAUUUGGGUCUUCAAUAUUGGGGUAGUAAAUGUCUCAGUGCCCUUGUAAGUACAAUAGGCAAGCCAAUAAUGGUAGACAAAUACACAAGAGAACGCUCACAUAUUCAGUUUGCUCGGGUUCUAGUAGAUAUGGAAGUUACAGAUAACCCACCGAAAAGUAUACAGUAUAUCAAUGAACAUGGCCAAAUCAUGGAGCAAGGGGUUGAAUAUGAAUGGUUACCAAUUAAGUGUAAGAAUUGUACUGGUUUUGGUCAUUCAAUGACAGAUUGUAGGAAGAAGAAGAAUGCUCAGUGGGUCAUGAAGGAGUCCAAAUCAAAUAAGGAGGAAAAGGAACAUGGUUUAUAUGGAAAUAAGGAUGUAGAGUUGGAGCUUGCUGAGACUCAGGCAGGUACAGAAGAGGUUACGGUUCAGGCAAGUUCAGAAGAGGAUAAGGAGGGACAUAGGUCAGUUACAAUUGCUAAGAACUUGGGUCAAAAGAACAAGAGAUUAAACAAGUUUGUGGUGCUUCAAGAGGACCUGGAUUUUGGUGUAACUUUCGUCUAUGGUGUGAAUUCGAUAGAAGGAAGGAGAAGUCUUUGGGAAGGGCUUCGAAGGCCGUUUCUUAAGGACAAAGCUUGGUUAUUUUUAGGGGACUUUAAUGCCCCUUUUUUAGGGAAAGACAGAUCGGGAGGGAAGCCUAUUUUAGACUUGGAGUUGGCUGACCCCAUUCGGUGGCUUGUAGAAGCUUAUGUAGAGCAUUUAAAAAGUGUUGGUUCUUAUUUUACUUGGACCAAUAACCAAAAUGGUGAUGCUAGAAUUUACACUAAAAUUGAUCAUGUGCUCAUAAAUGAGAAAUGGAUUGAUUUGUUUCCUCAAUCUACUGCUAUGUUCAGAUGGGAAGCCAUAUCUGAUCACUUCUCUUGUCUUGUUAAAACUCAGGUUCCAGAGAAGAUGGGGACUAGGGUGUUUCGGUUCUACAACUAUUGGACAAAAAAUCAUGAUUUUCAUGCUCAGGUCUUAAGGAGUUGGAAGCUGCCGAUUAAUGAUGCUGGUAUUAAGGCCAUUUAUCUUAAAUUGCUGAGACUAAAACAUUGUUUGAAAGCCUUUAAUAUAGACAAAAUUGGAGAUCUGAAGGUUAACUACUACAAGGCUAAAGAGACUUAUCAAGAAGCUCAAAUGCAAGCUCAAGCUUACCCCCAUGCUCUUAGUUAUCAGGAAGUUGAGAGGAAAGCAGCUGAAGCUUUAUCUGUUCAGGAAAGGCUUUAUCAAAGUUUCUUAGUUCAGAGGAUUAAGAAGCAUAAAGCGGAGAAUGGUAUUGUCUCAUUCAUUACAGAUGAUGGAAAAAUGGUGGAUAAAUUCUCAGAAGUGGUUUCUCAUUUUGUGGGGCAUUUCAGAGAUUUUUUGGGAAGACAUAGGGAUGAGGUGUGUGCUGCUAUUACUCAGUGUUUUGAAACUGGUAAUUUCCCUACCGAGCUCCAUGGAACAACCUUAUCUUUGAUUCCUAAGGUUGCUAACCCCUCACGGGCUGUUGACUACAGACCCGUAGCUUGUUGCUCUACAUUGUGGAAGUGUAUGGCGAAACUGAUUUGUAAGAGAAUAGCCGAUAUUCUCCCUGAUCUAGUACAACCUAAUCAGGGAGCAUUUGUCAAGGGUCGCUCUAUUUCCCAUAAUAUUAUGAUUUUUCAAGAUCUCAUCAAAAACUAUGGGAGGACUUCUACUUCUUCGAGAUGUGCUAUCAAGAUAGAUCUUAGAAAGGCAUAUGACACGGUAGAUUGGGAUUUUCUUGAGGACCUGUUAAAAGCUCUUAGAUUUCCUAUGAAAUUCAUCAGUUGGGUCAUGGCUUGUGUUAGGAAUACUUCUUAUUUUCUUCUGAUGAAUGGCAGAAUUCAAGGCAAAUUUAAAGGUGGGAAAGGGCUGAGACAAGGUGACCCCAUGUCACCUUUGUUGUUUGUCCUUAUUAUGGAAUAUCUGACAAGAAGCUUGCAACUAGCUGCUCUUAGUUCACCCUUUAGAUAUCACCCAAUGUGUAAAAGUCUCAAGCUCAUAAAUCUUUGUUUUGCGGAUGACUUAUUGUUAUUCUGUAAGGGCUAUCUCCCUGUUGUUAGAGCUGUCAAGGAGGUUCUUGAUGAUUUUGCUUCUGCCACAGGUCUAUCCAUUAACUCUGAUAAGUCUCAUGUCUUUUUUGGUGGAGUUUCAAACAUUGACAGAACCAGAAUUGCCCUUGAGUUAAAUCUUUCAGAAGGAUCUUUUCCUCUAAAUUACCUUGGGGUUCCCAUGAGGCCUACUAAAUGGAAACAUGAAGAUUGUGAGGUUAUCAUUCAGAAAUUUCGCUUGAAGAUUCAGAAUUGGGCGAGUAGACACCUGUCAUUUGCUGGCCGGAUUCAGCCUAUUAAUUUAGUUUUGCUUGGGCUUCGAAACUAUUGGAUGUCUAUCUUUGUUUUGCCUCAAAGCAUAGUCAAGGAAAUUGAAAAGAUCUGUCAGGGAUUUCUAUGGGGUUCUUCUGGACAGAGAAGCAAGUUACACAUUCCCUCUUGGCAGAAGGUUUGUCUCCCUAAAGCCUAUGGAGGCUUGGGAUUCAGAGAAGGAGCAAUUUGGAACCGAGCUGUGUUAGCAAAAUAUGUUUGGGUUGUAUCAGCUAAACCUGAUUUGCUUUGGGUUAAAUGGAUCCAUUCCAUUUAUUUGAAAGGUGUCAACUUCUGGAACUAUGAUUUAAUAGUAGAUUGCAGUUGGUAUUGGCGGAAGCUAUGUCAUCUCAGGGUUCAUUUUAGGCCUACUGAUAUACUUUCUGCUGGUGCGCAAGGGAAGUUUAAGUCUGCUAGAUUGUAUAACAACCUCUUAGUUCAGCAAAGGGUAGAGUACUACAGAACUGUUUGGAGUAGAAUCAUCCUUCCAAAUCACAGGUUUAUGCUCUGGCAAGUGGUUAAUUCUCAGCUAUUAACUAGGGACAAUCUUAGCAGGUUGCAUGUUCAAAUGGCUUCAGAGAUGUGCCCAGUUUGUGAUAGAUUUCAGGAGAGCCAUUCUCAUCUUUUCUUUGAUUGUAGUCUCUCUAAUCAGUUGGUAAAUAGCAUUUUUGACUGGUUGGGGUUUGUUGCUUGGCCUCUCGAUUUUCAAAGCUGGUUGGUGUGGUUGGCUAGAGCUCGAAAUGGAGUUAAAGCUGAUAUUGUGAAUAUGGUUUGUGCUGCAGUCACUUACAUUAUAUGGAGAAAUAGGAAUAAAUGUUUUCAUGAUGGUUAUUCCUCAACAUUGGCAGGUUUCCUGUUGGUGUUUGAGUCUUUGACUCUCAAUUGUUUUGACUCUCAUUUGUAUUGUUCAUUUGUUCAAUGA